GCCCUAGCAGUGUUGUUUAAUCCAGCUAGUGCACCAAAGGGCAGACAUAGGAAGAUAUAGCGAGGCUUCAAGUAGACUACAGGAGAUAUACUCUAGUGACACGUAGUCAGACAUGUUGGUCCUGUGUGUCAUCUCUGUCCUCAGUCUUCUCUCAGUGGGACUGGCAGCUCCUCUGUCCUGUGAGGAUCUACUGAGACCUUUAGAGAUUAACAGCAUGAACCAUAUUUGGGGUAAGUGGAUUUCUAUCGCGGAGAGCACUGAGGUCCCUGGUGGCAGGGAGUAUGCUGCAAAAGAAUGGAUCACAGGCUGGCUUCAGAUCUCUCCUGGGCUCCAGAACAACACUGUCAAAGAAUUACAGACGCUGUCUCAAUUUGCCACCAGCUGUGUUCACAAACCCACAGAAAGAUUCCUGUCCAGAUCCGACACAGGACAACAGCAAAACUCUGGACCUGUCGAAAGUGAUCGAAUUGCUGGGUGACAAGAUUGAUCUCAGAAGACUUUAGAGAGAGAUGAUAAAUCGAAGUGGAUUUAACAGGUGACAUCAAUAAGGGAUCGUAGCCUUCACCUGGAUAGUCUAUGUCUAGGAAAAAGCAGGUGUUCAUAAUGUUUUGUACACUCCGUGUAUAUAUUUGUUCUCAAUGACAUUACAUUAAGUCAUUUKGCAGGCACUCUUAUAGAGAGCGGCUUAUAAGAGCAAUUAGGGUUAAGGGACAUGCUCAAYGGCACAUCAACAGAUAUCUCACCUACUGUAUUCGGCUUGGGGAUUCGAACCAGCAACCUUUCGGUUACUGGCCCAACUCUCUUAA